AUGCAUUCCUGGCGAAUAUCCAAGUUUAAGUUAGGAAGGUCCAAAGAAGAUGAUGGGAGUAGUGAAGAUGAAAAUGAAAAAUCGUGGGGUAAUGGCCUGUUUCAUUUCCACCAUGGAGAAAAACAUCACGAUGGUAGCCCGAAGAAUCAUAAUCAUGAACACGAACACCAUAUAAGAAAGAUCAAUACAAAUGAGACUCUCCCAAGUUCCUUAAGUUCUCCAAAAUUACGUAAUGAUGCAUCCUUCAAGAAUCCAUCGGGGAUAGGAAAUGACAAUUCUAAGGCUUCCGAAAGGAAAGCUAGUCAGUCGUCUACUGAGACGCAGGGACCGAGUUCGGAAUCCGGACUAAUGACAGUGAAGGUGUAUUCUGGUAAAGAUUUUACUCUUCCCUUCCCUAUCACCUCUAACUCUACUAUUUUACAAAAACUACUAAGUUCCGGCAUCCUUACUUCAUCAUCCAAUGACGCUUCCGAAGUUGCAGCCAUAAUGCGGCAGCUACCACGAUACAAGAGAGUGGAUCAAGAUUCAGCAGGGGAAGGCUUGAUAGAUAGAGCUUUUGCCACUAAAUUCAUUCCUUCCUCUAUAUUGUUACCUGGGUCAACAAAUUCAAGCCCAUUACUUUAUUUUACAAUUGAAUUUGAUAAUUCUAUUACUACUAUUAGUCCAGAUAUGGGAACGAUGGAGCAACCAGUGUUUAACAAAAUAUCGACAUUUGAUGUAACAAGAAAAUUACGAUUUUUAAAAAUCGAUGUCUUUGCAAGGAUUCCAUCCCUACUUUUACCCUCUAAAAACUGGCAACAGGAGAUUGGCGAGCAGGACGAAGUACUGAAGGAGAUUUUAAAAAAAAUCAAUACAAAUCAGGAUAUCCAUUUGGACUCCUUCCAUUUACCUUUGAAUUUAAAAAUCGAUUCUGCAGCCCAAAUAAGACUAUACAAUCACCAUUGGAUUUCUUUAGAAAGGGGAUAUGGUAAAUUAAAUAUCACGGUGGACUACAAACCUUCUAAGAACAAGCCUCUCUCCAUUGAUGACUUUGAUCUAUUGAAGGUUAUCGGGAAGGGUUCGUUCGGCAAAGUGAUGCAAGUAAGGAAAAAAGAUACCCAAAAGAUUUACGCUUUGAAGGCUCUGAGAAAAGCAUAUAUUGUAUCGAAAUGUGAAGUGACACAUACUUUAGCGGAGAGGACUGUCCUAGCAAGAGUUGACUGCCCCUUUAUUGUUCCGUUGAAGUUCUCAUUCCAAUCUCCGGAGAAGUUGUACCUAGUAUUAGCUUUCAUUAAUGGCGGUGAACUGUUCUACCAUUUACAACACGAGGGACGAUUCAGUCUAGCACGCUCCCGUUUUUAUAUUGCAGAACUAUUAUGUGCUCUCGAUUCAUUACACAAACUUGACGUCAUUUAUCGUGACCUAAAGCCUGAAAACAUUCUAUUGGAUUACCAAGGACAUAUUGCACUGUGUGAUUUUGGGCUUUGCAAGCUGAACAUGAAGGAUAAUGACAAAACAGACACUUUCUGUGGUACUCCCGAAUAUUUGGCACCAGAAAUCUUGUUGGGGCAGGGCUAUACUAAAACAGUUGACUGGUGGACAUUAGGUAUCUUACUGUAUGAGAUGAUGACAGGGCUGCCACCAUACUAUGAUGAGAACGUUCCUGUUAUGUACAAGAAAAUUCUGCAGCAACCGCUACUAUUUCCUGAUGGAUUUGACCCUGCGGCAAAAGACCUAUUAAUUGGCCUCUUAAGCAGAGACCCAAGCAGAAGACUCGGCGUUAACGGUACAGAUGAAAUUCGUAACCAUCCUUUCUUUAAAGACAUCUCAUGGAAAAAGCUACUUUUGAAGGGCUAUAUUCCGCCUUACAAGCCAAUUGUAAAGAGUGAAAUAGAUACUGCAAAUUUUGAUCAAGAGUUCACUAAGGAAAAACCGAUCGAUAGUGUAGUGGACGAGUACUUAAGUGCAAGUAUUCAAAAGCAGUUUGGUGGGUGGACGUACAUUGGUGACGAACAGUUGGGUGAUUCUCCUUCGCAGGGGAGAAGCAUUAGUUAG